UCUUUCCUCGCCCACCUCGCUUCCGGUCGCCGGUGCCGUCUGUCCCAUCGCCAGGAGCCAGGCCGUUCGCGUGGCCCUGGGCGAGCGGCGCCUUCCCGGCCGAGCCGACCCUCCCGCGCUCCCCCGUUCGUGGCUUCCCCCGCGGCUCGCUGCUCAACCCCGACUGCCACCAUGGCGAUGCGGCAGACCCCGCUGACGUGCUCCGGCCACACGCGGCCCGUGGUGGACCUGGCCUUCAGCGGCAUCACCCCCUACGGCUACUUCCUCAUCAGCGCCUGCAAGGAUGGUAAACCUAUGCUUCGGCAGGGUGACACAGGGGACUGGAUUGGAACAUUUCUUGGUCACAAAGGAGCAGUCUGGGGAGCCACUUUGAAUAAGGAUGCCACUAAAGCAGCUACAGCCGCUGCAGAUUUCACUGCCAAAGUGUGGGAUGGCGUUUCAGGAGACGAACUCAUCACCUUGGCUCACAAGCACAUUGUCAAAUCUGUGGACUUUACUCAGGACAGCAAUUACUUGUUGACAGGUGGACAAGAUAAAUUGUUACGUAUCUAUGAUUUAAGCAAGCCAGAGGCAGAACCUCAGGUGGUCAGCGGUCACACGUCUGGUAUUAAAAAGGCUCUGUGGAGCAGCGAUGAUACACAGAUCCUUUCAGCAGAUGACAAAACAGUCAGACUCUGGGACAGGAAUACAUUGACAGAAGUGAAAGCAAUCAACGUUGCCAUGUCCGUGAGUAGCAUGGAAUACGUGCCCGAAGGGGAGUUAAUAGUGAUCACCUAUGGCCGGAUCAUUGCCUUUCACAGUGCGGAAACUCUGGAGCAGAUUAAAUCCUUUGAAGCCCCUGCAACAAUCAAUUCUGCAUCCCUUCAUCCAGAGAAAGAAUGUCUAGUUGCAGGUGGUGAAGAUUUUAAACUUUAUAAGUAUGAUUAUAAUACCGGUGAAGAGCUAGAAUCUUACAAGGGGCACUUUGGGCCCAUUCACUGUGUCAGAUUUAGUCCAGAUGGAGAGUUGUAUGCUAGUGGCUCAGAGGAUGGAACGCUAAGGCUGUGGCAGACAACAGUAGGGAAAACAUAUGGUCUCUGGAAAUGUGUGAUUCCUGAAGAAGAAGGUGGAGAUCUGGCUAAGGCAAAAGUCAACCUUCCAGGAACUGCAGAGGAAGAAUUAGAAGACCUGGGCUCUGAAAAUUCAGACUCCAUCUAUAGCACAACUCCUGAAGUCAAGGCUUGAGUGUCACAGCCGUUAACGACAACACAUGAACUCGUUGAGACUCAAUCCAAAAAAAGAAAAAAGAAAAAAAAAGUCAUAUGCAGCAGCCUCCUGGGGUGCAAACUGUACCGAAGGCAAAUAUGGGACAGAAAUUGAUGAGAAUGCAUUGGAACAGGUUGUCAAGAAAGAGGAGUAGUGACUGAGACAAAAAGUAACGGUUUGGCUGUCUUCUAGCAUCACUGCCUAUUGUAAGUCUGAACAUAACCAGGAACCCGCAGUCCUGUUUCUCCAGUGUUGAUUAAUUGAUUGUAGUGUUUAUUAUUGAAGAGAAAUGUAAUGGCAUCUGGUAGAGUAUGCUCUCUGAAAGUGGGAAAAGGGACAAAAGACGGGGGGUCAUUUGGUUAAAUAAAAUAUUUGUGCUUUUGAGGUUUCUCCCCCACUUUUAUUGUAUACUGCUUCUGUUUCCAAUCAUCUACAUAACAUGCUUCUACAAUAGCACUCCUAGGAAAUGUUAUAAAGUAUACCAGGUAAUUCAUCUGUUUCUGAACAGUACUGAACAACUUGAGGCUUUCCUGGAAGAAAGGGAACUAAGAUUUGGGGGUGGUUUUUGCACAAUAGGUGGCUGAAUGCCCUGCUGCUUGAAGCUUGUAUUUGUUUUUCUCCAGUAAAUCUUUAUAUUCAAAAGCCUCUAAAAGUAACCUGUGGAGGAUCCAUGUAUUAAUUGCCUCUGGUUGAAAUUGUUCAUAUAAUUUCUGAAUUUACACCAUGUAAAAAAUGUAGAUACUUAGCCAUUGUAUUCCAUCUGGAUUUCUUUUAGAUGGGAUCAGCUAAGUAUUUCUAUAUAAUUUUUUAAAAUGUUUUCAAAAAUUGAACUUCAUGUAUACAUCAAAUUAUUCAUAUGCUGUAUAGGAAUAAAGUUGUGGUUUAAAGAGUCA